AUGAACGAUCCUUUUGCUGAGCGCCCGAUCGUCUGGAGCCAGCCUUCCUCCUCAGCCUCCCUCAACCAUCAAGCUCUUCAGCCUCCCGAAACCUUCGCACCUCCAUCGACAAUUCCCUCAGCUGUCAAAGAAGAAGACUUUGAGCCAGAACUAGAUGCCAGCGACACAGCCCCCCGUUCUACCGCCGCCUCACGCCAACGUCUCUUCGCUGCACUCGAAGCAGAUGAUUACUUCCUUCGACCACCGCGUCCCAUAAACUCAGCCAACGACCUCGAUGGACUCGAACUAAAGCGAUGUUUCGAGAUCCUUCACGCGUGUAACAUCGCGACGGAAAUCGAUGCGACCCUUGUUUCGACCGGGAGGACCAUGGAGGACUUUUUGGAGGCUGUGUUUGAGGAGGAUUCGCUCGAGAAGCCGCGAUUGCAGUUUGUUGCGAGGGAGUUCCUGCAAGUCGGGAACGUUUGCGGUGAACCAAGCAAUCAUCAAACGGUCAGCGCCUGCGAAGAAUCACUAUCCUGCCAAACACCCGUCUACGGCAUCGCGACAUACCGCAGCUACCCAGCGCAACUCAGUAUCAGCUUCUCAACACAUGGGCCACCUCGACGAUCAAGCGAACCACUACAAGGCCUGUUCUGUCCCAUGGAACGAACCGACGUACGCUUCCAGGAUGAACAGAACUGGAUGGCUGAUCUGCGACAGAACAUGAAGAAGGCAUGCCUCAAGAAGGUGCACAUGCAUAAUAAGCGGCUUGCAGUGUGGUAUGUAAGAAUCUUGGCGAGAGGUUGGGCGAAAGGGAGUAUCUGGAUGGGCAAGGACGUCAAGGUUCUUUCUUUUGUGUCGCGAGGAGCUGUUGAUGCUUCUUUCGCUAUGAUGGGGGACUUUUAUGGACACGAAUGA